GCAGUAGGAAUGAAUUGGAUAGUUAUGUAAUGCUAAAAAGAGAGAGAGUUACAGUUCGAUUGAUCAACACAACCUAUAGAAAAAUCCCUUGUCCCAGGGAAUCACAAUUGGUAGGGAGAUUGCGCCAAGCGCCAAUCACAGCCGUCAACCUGUCUGUACAGAGCUUUAUCCACUGGAGAAGGCACCACUAAGCAAACGGUGAGACGUCUCCGCCGCUUUUACCUUUCUCACUACGCAAACUUGACCCUGUGCUUGCCCAUACGCCAACCGGCCAGAUUCACCACAGCCCUAACCAACACCCAGACUGCUCGACCCUGUUUGUAUACGAACCGUAUAAACAGAACCGCUCUGCACCAGCACGCUGUCAUCCUGCACAAGAUCCCGUGACGAGGCAAUCGACUAGCGUAUGCCCCUCACUGCCCUACCACCCACUCGCUUGCGUCCUCCGCCAUCAAGCAGCAUCUUUGCUCGCCACCAUGUCUAACCUAUUUUCCGGAAUGUAAGUCUAUUUUCUAAAUCAUCAUAUACAUCAUAUAGCACCAACAUACAGCAUUUGACAUGCGUUCUACCUGUCGUGCAACCUUUCGCCCGCGCCCCUGAGACGUCCUUGCCUCCAGUGCGGGGCUCGAUGCGGUCAACAACAGCAAGCGGUCAGAGAUACAAGCAGAGGAAUUCAACAGGACAGUAACCUCGUCAGUUUAGAGCUUCCGACCAACUCUCAAUGUGGCGUUGUACAAUGCCGUGAAUCUAGCGUAUUUGCUAAGAUCGACGGACUGUGACGACUGCCCUUGAUAACGAACUUGCCACACGACAACACGCCAUCCCAGCGACUAUUAUAUAUCUGCGGAUUUUACCCACGCGUGCUACUGCAUCUAGAUUUGCCUUGCAGCUACAACGUGUGACUAACGUAUAUUGUUUUCAAUAGUAACGCCCGAUUUAGAGGCGGGGCUAACAAAUCGCCCGGACCCCAAAAGAGCCCAAGUCCUUCGAGUAGCGGCCCUCUCCCGCCUCCAGAGACACAGCUGCCAGGAAGCCAGUCAUCAUCAAGCAUAGCGCCGAAAGUACCACCUCUCCCCAACUCGCCUUCUCUCGCCCAAACCAUCGGUAUGGAUGAAUCAAGUGGCUCUAUUCAGAGCGGCGACGACAUCAUCAACUCGUACCACCUCCCCCGACCACUGCCGCUUUGGCUCAAUGCCAAUUGCGCUAAACACAUUGUCAAGGGAAAUUUCAUGACUUUGAGUGCCAGGCCGAAGACUGUUGAACAAGGAGAGUGGGUCGCCCAUCAGAUUGUCGAACACUAUCGCAACUUGUGGAACUUUGUCCGCGUCGUGCACGAGAAAGAAGAUGAUGGCUCUACAAUUUGCAACUCGGCUUCGUGCCCUCGAACAUCUGCUGGAGCCAAUCAUUCAUUCACUUGGCUUAACAAACAGCGUGAACCGGUCGAACUCCCAGCGUACGAAUAUAUGACCUUAAUGCAGAGAUGGAUCUCUGGCAAGAUUGAUGACGACCGCAUGUUUCCCACCGAUCCCCAGGGAGUGUCCUACGCACAAACUGCAUCGACUCCGUCAUCAGCCUCCCUCUCACAGCUCUCUAACCCUGGAGAUCCUGAGUGGUUUGGAAAGCGAUCUGGGUUCCCCGAAAACUUCAUCGAGGUCUGCCAGAUGAUUUUCCGCCAAAUGUUUCGCGUUUACUCGCACCUGUACUGGUCUCAUUUCACAGAGCCUUUCUAUCACCUCAACCUUGAAAAGCAGCUGAACAGCUGCUUUUCUCACUUCAUUCUUACAGCAACUGCCUUGGAUAUGCUGCAACAGUCUGAGCUUGAGCCAAUGCAGCCUUUGAUUGAUCUUUGGGCCGCAAAUGGCACAUUCCCCCCCGAGUCCAAAGCCUACGAGUAUGCCAACUGCCGCGCAGGUGAACGAUUGUUGCAAUUAGCUGGUAUUGCACAGUAGUAAAUGAUAGUCGCAACAGCCAGGGAUAUUGAAAAGCGGAGCGGAUUUGAACUUUGAAUGAAGCUAUUAGAAGGUGAUGAUAAAGAUGCAGAGUAGCUGAUGCAACGACUACCAUAUAUAUUUUGGCGCUUCCUAGUAGACUUAUCUACCGUGUCUGGAGGGAUCCCCCAGAACAUCCUACGACCCUAUACCGUCUAUUUCGAAUGCAAGUUAUCUGUGCCCUCCAUUGAUCAUGUCGUAAACGGACUUGAGAUCGGUUGAAUGAACAUUAAUAUGUUACUCCUUGAGCACACUGGACUUUGCGCAUUUGGUGAGGCAUAUUACACAGUCGCUUCAUGCUUCGCUGCUGUCUAAUUCAAGCUGUUCAAACGUUGCGGAGCUUGCGUGACAGAGUUGAGAUGUUGAUCAUACGUUUUCCCGAUGUGUUCAACUCCAAGAAUAUACCUACCAAGCUGAUCGAGUAUCUGAAAACGUUGGCAUAAUCGCACAUUCAAUCUUAAAACUAUAAUGAAUGUCGCUCUGUAGCCUCUGGACGCAUUUGACAUCUACUAUGCUGGGAUGUGUCUUAAAGAAGGCGAUUCAAAGGGAUUUAGUCAUCGCUUGGACUCUCUGUUUCUGAAUUUUCCGAACUGGAAAGCCUCGCAAUCGUAUCUAGCGUAGAAGCAACUGGAUCAUUACAAUGAGACCGGCGAACUACGAUCAUGUCUCAAAGGUCAUCAGGAAACUAAAGGCUGGCUUUAUCGGAACAAUGCUCAGGCCGCUGCGAAAACCGAUUCUGAGCGCUUACCAUUUUUCUAAGUGAAGUGGCGAGUUAGCGACACAUGCCCUCGAGAAAACUACCUCUGGCUUUGCCAACCACCUGUAGCUUGGGUCGUUACAAGGCUAGCUGACUUUGUCCACCGCUGCCCAGGACCCCAGAUUGAUGAACAGAUUCAUAAUUUUACUUGUUGGAGCGGGUUGUAAACCAAAAAAAAGCCGAUAAUCCACAUGCUCCGCGAUAAGCAACAUGGGGCAGCGACCUUGUAGGGAUCAAAGCCAGUCUUGGUGCCUGACGCUCAACAUAAUGAAUGACCUCACAGUUGGGAGCCAGAUAAAUAGAGAAGAAAGGAGGGAUGGAAACCUGACCAAACAGAAUACCGGAGACAUGGCCGCACAAUAUGCGGCCAUGUGCUUAGUGUGAUAUUCGCCAGUGUGGUUGGCUGGCUGGAUGCAGCAUGGCUGGCGGCUCGGACGAGACAUGUGGCGGGGCACCAAGCCAGGCAACGUCGGCAGAUUAGGACGCAAAAGCCCGCAGGCUGGCGGAUGGUUGAAGCAGAAUGGUACGUGUAUUGAACGACAUCAUU